GAUAAUAUUUGUUUCAUUUAUAUAGCAUAUCUGUUAUUUUACAACAUGCUCUGGAACCUGCAAUUAGCUAUAAAUAAGAUGUAAUGUAAAGUAAAAAUGUGUAAUAAAUUUCCAUGUGUUCAUGUUGCUGUUAAAUUUAUGAAGAAGUGUGGACAGAGAGUAAGUUUCUGAUGAUCAAGUCACAGAAUAAAUGUUUGGAGAUGACAGAAUCAUGCAUAACCUUCCUGUAAAUGGAGUAUAGAUGUCCAUUGCUAUGAGUGUCAUGCUUCCUACUAUACACAUAUUUGGUAUGUUUUAGGAUUCAAUGGCCUUUGAGGAUGUGGCUGUGAACUUCACCCCAGAGGAGUGGGCUUUACUGGAUCCUUCACAGAAGAAACUCUACAGAGAUGUGAUGCGAGAAACCUUCAGGAAUCUGGCCUCUGUAGGAAAAAAAUGGGAAGAUCAUGACAUUGAGGAUUCAGACAAAAAUCAGGAGAGAAAACUAAGAAGUUAUACAGUAGAGAGAAUCUGUGAAGGUAAAGAGAGUAGUCAAUGUGGAGAAAAUUUCAGCCUUAUUCCAAAUCUUAAUCUGAUCAAGAAAACUCUUACUGGAGUAAAACCAUGUGAAUGCAGUGUGUGUGGAAAAAUCUUCAUGAGUCAUUCAUCCCUUAGUAGGCACAUCAGAUGUCACACUGGAUACAAACCAUAUGAGUAUCAAAAAUAUGGAGAGAAACCAUAUAAAUGUAAGGAAUGUGGGAAAGCCUUCAGUUAUUUCCAAUAUUUUAAAAAACAUGAAAGAAAUCACAAUAGAGAGAAAACCUACAAAUGUAUGGAAUGUAGGAAAGUCUUUAUGUGGCUCACAACCCUUCGAAGACACAUGAUAACAGCACACACUGGAGAGUCUCCUUAUACAUGUAAGGAAUGUGGGAAAGCCUUCAUUUGUUCAAGUUCACUUCAAAUACAUGAAAGAAUUCACACUGGAGAGAAACCCUAUCAAUGUCAACAAUGUGGAAAAGCCUAUAGAUAUCAUCAAACUUUUCAAAUGCAUGAAAGGACUCACACAGGAGAGAAACCCUAUGAAUGUAAAAAAUGUAGUAAAGCCUUCACUUAUCCCAGUUCUCUUCGAAACCAUGAAAGAAUUCAUACUCGGGACAAACCUUAUGAAUGUGGGAAACCCUUUAUAGCUCUCUCAAAUCUUCAAGUACACAUGAUCACUCACAUUGGAGAUGGACCUUAUAAAUGUAAGGAAUGUGAGAAAACAUUCAUUUCUCCCAGUGCAUUUCAGUUACAUGCAAGGAGUCACACAGGAGAGAAACCCUAUGAAUGUAAGCAAUGUGGUAAAGCCUUCAGAUAUUACCCUUCCUUCCAAAAACAUGAAAGAAGUCAUACUGGAGAGAAACCUUAUGAAUGUAAGGAAUGUGGGAAAGCCUUUAUUUGUCACAGAAACUUUCGAAGACACAUGAGAAUGCACACUGGAGAGACACCAUAUAAAUGUGAAAAAUGUGGGAAAGCCUUCAAUCAGCGCAGUUAUUUCCGAAGGCAUGAAAAAAUUCACUGGGUGGGUAAACCUUAUAAAUGUAAGCAUUGUGGGAAAGCCUUCAGUUAUCUCCAACCUUAUCAAAAACAUGAAAGAAAUCACAGUGUAGAGAAAACCUAUAAAUGUAAGGAAUGUGGGAAAUCCUUUAGAUAUCGCCAGUCUGUUCGCAAACAUGAACGGACUCACACUGGAGAGAAACCCUAUCAGUGUAAACAGUGUGGAAAAGCCUUUAGAUAUCAUCAGACCUUUCAAACACAUGAGAGGACUCACACAGGAGAGAAGCCCUAUGAAUGUAAACAGUGUGGUAAAGCCCUCAGUUGUCCCAGUUCCUUUCGAAGUCAUGAAAGGACUCAUACUGGAGAAAAACCUUAUGAAUGUAAAAAGUGUAGUAAAGCCUUCAGUUGUCCCAGUUCUCUUCGAAAACACGAAAGAACUCACACUGGAGAGAAACCCUAUGACUGCAAGGAAUGUGGGAAAGCCUUCAUUUCUCUUGGAAGCUUUCAGAGACACAUGAUAACACAUACUGGAGUUGGACCUUAUAAAUGUAAGGAAUGUGGGAAAGCAUUCAAUUGUCCCAGUUCAUAUCGAAUACAUGAAAGAUCUCACACUGGAGAAAAACCCUAUGAAUGUAAACAAUGUGGUAGAGCCUUCAGUUGUUCCAGUUCCUUUCGAACACAUGAAAGAACUCACACUGGAGAGAAACCCUAUCAAUGUAAGGAAUGUGGAAAAGCCUUCCAUUGGCUCACUACUUUUCAAGUCCAUGUGAGAACUCACACUGGAGAGAAACCCUAUAUAUGUAAGCAAUGUGGGAAAGCCCUUAGUUGUCCCACUUCGUUUCGAAGACAUGAAAGGACUCACACUGCAGAGAAACCCUAUGAAUGUAAACAAUGUGGGAAAACCUUCAGUUCUGCUCUAGGUUUGCAGAUACAUGGAAGAACUCACACUGGAGAGAAACCUUAUAAAUGUGAGGAAUGUGGGAAAGCAUUUGUUUCUCUCACAAGCUUUCGAAGACACAUGAUGACACACACAGGAGAUGGACCUUAUAAAUGUAAGGAAUGUGGGAAAGCCUUCAAUUGUCCCAGUUCAUUUCGAAUACAUGAAAGAACUCACACUGGAGAGAAACCUUAUGAAUGUAAAAUAUGUGGUAAAGCCUUCACCUUCAGUUGUUCCAGUUAUGUUCAAGUGCAUGAAAGAACUCACACUGGAGAGAAACCUUAUGAAUGUAAGGAAUGUGGAAAAGCCUUCAUUUAUCGCACAACCUUUCGAGGACAUAUGAGAGUGCACACUGGAGAGAAACCAUAUAAGUGUAAAGAAUGUGGGAAAGCCUUCAGUCGACCCAGUUCAUUUAGAAGCCAUGAAAGAAUUCACACUGGAGAGAAGCUUCUUGAAUAGAAGCCAUAUAAAUGUAAAGAAUGUGGAAAAGCCUUCAGUUAUCUCCAAUCUUUUCAAAAACAUGAAAGAAAUCACAAUGGAAAGAAACCCUUUAAAUGUAAGGAAUGUGGGAAAACCUUCAGUUUUCACCAAUCAAUUCAAAGACAUGAAUGGACUCACACUGGAGAGAAACCCUAUGAAUGUAAAAAAUGUGGAAAAGCCUUCAUUUAUCGCCAGUCUUUUCAAAAACAUGAAAGAAAUCACAAAGGACAGAAACCCUUUACAUGUAAUAAAUGUGGGAAAGCUUUCAGUUAUCGCCAGUCUGUUCAAAGGCAUGAAAGGACACACACUGAGAAUCCUUAUGAAUGUAAAAAAUGUAGGAAAAUCUUUAGUUCAUCUCUAGAUUUACAAAUACAUGAAAGAACUCACACUGGAGAGAAACCCUAUGCAUGCAAGGUAUGUGGGAAAACCUUCACUUACAUCACAAGUAUUCGAACACACAUGAUAUUGCACACAGGAGAUGGACCUUAUAAAUGUAAAGAAUGCGGAAAAGCAUUCAAUAAUCCCAGUACAUUUCGAAUACAUGAAAGAACUCACACUGGAGAGAAACCCUAUGAAUGUAAGAAAUGUGGAAAAGCCUUUAGUUAUCUCCAAUCCUUUCAAGUGCAUGAAAGAACUCACACUGGAGAGAAACCCUAUGAAUGUAAGGAAUGUGGAAAAGCCUUCAUUUAUCACACAGUCUUUCGAGGACACAUGAGAGUGCACACUGGAGAGAAACCCUAUAAAUGUAAAGAAUGCGGGAAAGCCUUCAGUCGUCCCAGCACAUUUCAAAGCCAUGAAAGAACUCACACUGGAGAGAGACCUCUUAAAUGUAAGCAUUGUGGGAAAGCUUUUAAUUGGCCCUCAUCCUUAAAAAGCCAUGUGAUGAGAAAGCACAAUGGAUAGCAACCCUAUAAAUGUGAAAACUAGAAGAAAGGUUUCAAUUUUAACAAAUACUUUCGAAGUCAUGUGAAAACUCCCACUGGAGAGAAAUCCUAUAAAUGUAAGUAAUAGGAGAAAGCCUGAUGCAAAUUAACUCAUGUAUAAUAAGCCAUAAAAUUCAGAACGUGAAAGAAAUGUUGUAAGAUCAUGAUAACCUUAAGCAAAUAGUCCUUUAUUUCUCCAGCAAAAAUGGAUUUAUUCUUGAUAGCAAAGAAUUACAAUUCAGGAUCUGCAACCAUGGUGAACCAUAUGCAAGCACUGAGCAACAA